UCGAGCGGCCCGGGAGGGAGGUGGCGGUGGGCCGCGGGCUUGCGCGGGCCGCGGCGUUCCGAGCCGGGCAGCUCGUCCGCGCUGUCGGGUUGCGUCCCCACGCCGGCCCGCCGGAGAGGCCGACUGCGGCGUUUCGCUCGUGGGUCCUUGGCGAGACGCCCGGGAAACGACGGAGGGCCCGCUUCCCCCCGCGGGCCUGUGUUUUCUCCUCUCCCCUGCGGAGAGAGCACCCUCCGGACCUCUGGAGACGAAGGAGGCCAGAGCAGAGGGUUCCGUUAAACCGAAUCGCUGCGGUUCUGUUGUUUACGGGCUGCCCCUGCCUUGCGCUGCGGCAUCGCUCCCGGCGGGGCUCGGGGCAGCGGAGGGGCUCCCGGGGUCAGCCCUGGCCCGCCGCCUGCACGGCGGUUUGUGUUCUUCAGAUGCCGUGCGCAGUGCUCCUGGGCUUUAGGUCUUGGAACCGUACGGGAGAAGAGUUCAGCGGCAUCAUUUUGGUGCAGGUGACUUAUAUGAAAUGGGCCGCUUCCCUCUCCACCCGCCGGGGUCCCGCCCCCCACGGCCCAGACCCCGCUGUCGUCAGGCCGCACGUGGGUCCCGCCGGGUCCGGCCCAGGGGGAGAUGCUCCCUAGGCCCGUUUCCCGGGGAGCCGCGAGGCCGGGCUGGAGCGAGGAGCUGCUCUGCAGGGAAGGGGGGUCCGCCCUGGGUCCCCCCAGCCCGCGGCCGGCGCUUUCCCGCAUUCGGGGAACUGCAGGAGACAGAGGGAAGCGAGCGCGGCGGACCGGGAACAGCGGGAGGAGAGGGGAAAACACAGUUUGGUGCAACUGCUGAAUCUCAGAGUUCUCGACCGAAAAAAGCCCCAGACUUUCCUAUUUUGGAGAAGCAGAACUGGUUGAUCCAUCUUCACUAUAUCCGAAAAGAUUAUGAAGCAUGCAAGGCUGUUAUCAAAGAACAGCUUCAGGAAACUCAGGGGUUGUGUGAAUACGCUAUCUAUGUACAAGCACUGAUACUUCGCCUGGAAGGAAAUAUCCAAGAAUCCCUCGAACUCUUUCAGACAUGUGCUGUUCUCAGCCCUCUGUGUGCUGAUAACCUCAAGCAAGUGGCCAGAUCUUUAUUUCUUUUGGGAAAACAUAAAGCUGCCACUGAAGUAUAUAAUGAAGCUGCUAAACUUAACCAGAAAGACUGGGAGAUCUGUCAUAACCUGGGAGUUUGCUACAUUUACCUGAAACAGUUCAACAAGGCGAAAGACCAGCUGCACAACGCCCUACAUCUGAACAAGCAUGACCUGACUUACAUUAUGCUGGGGAAGAUUCAUUUGCUGGAGGGGGACUUGAACAAAGCCAUUGAAGUCUACAAGAAAGCUGUGGAGUUUUCACCAGAAAAUACAGAACUUCUCACAACUUUAGGAUUACUCUACUUAGAGCUCGGCAUUUACCAGAAGGCAUUUGAACAUCUUGGAAAUGCACUGACUUACGACCCUACGAACUAUAAGGCCAUCCUGGCAGCAGGUAGCAUGAUGCAGACCCACGCAGACUUUGAUGUUGCCCUCACCAAAUACAGAGUAGUAGCAUGUGCUGUUCCUGAAAGUCCUCCGCUCUGGAAUAAUAUUGGAAUGUGUUUCUUUGGCAAGAAGAAAUAUGUGGCAGCUAUCAGCUGUCUGAAACGAGCCAACUACUUGGCACCCUUUGACUGGAAGAUUCUGUUUAAUUUGGGCCUGGUCCAUUUGACCAUGCAGCAGUACGCGUCGGCUUUUCAUUUUCUCAGCGCAGCUAUCAAUUUCCAGCCAAAGAUGGGGGAGCUUUACAUGCUAUUGGCUGUGGCUCUGACCAAUUUGGAAGACACAGAGAAUGCCAAGAAGGCUUACUCAGAAGCAGUGCGUCUGGACAAGUGUAACCCUUUAGUAAACCUAAAUUACGCGGUGCUGCUGUACAACUGUGGGGAGAAGAGAGGUGCCAUGGCCCAGUACCAGGAGAUGGAGAAGAAAGUCAACCUGCUCAAGGACAGCAUGUCUGUAGAAUUUGACCCUGAGAUGGUGGACAUGGCCCAGAAGUUGGGAGCUGCUCUUCAGGUUGGGGAGGCACUGGUCUGGACUAAACCAGUUAAAGAUCCCAAAUCAAAGCAACGGACCACUUCAACCAGCAAACCUGCCAGUUCCCAGCAGCCUCUGGGCUCUAAUCAAGCUCUCGGACGGGCAAUGUCUUCGGCAGCGGCGUACAGGAAGCUCCCUUCAGGUUCUGGAGGCACACUCCAGCUCACAAAAGAACCAUCUCUUCCCCUCGAGCCUGCUGUGGAAGCUCAUCCAACUGAAGCAGCAGCACAAAUCAGAGAAAAAUAGAAACAGGCUGACCCCCAGAAGUAUGGGGUUCUUUGGCCAGGAUGUAGCAGGUUAGAUGCAGGCAGAGUGGAGCCUGUCAGGAGGGGCCCUGGGAAUCAGGAGGAAAGCAGCCAGAUCAGUCCUGUAAGAACUGAGCCAGCAGGGCACAAGACGCUGUGUGCUUUUGAAAGGGAGAUUUGACAGACCUCUGCCCCAUCAUGACCAUGAAGCCUUGGCUUAGCUGAGGCGAAAACCCUCAGGUAUUUCAGCUCCAUGGCUACUUGGAUUAGUCAUCCAGGUACAUAUUUUUUGAAAAACGGAAAAUACCUCUGAAUUAAGGCCCAGCCUGCUGAGUGAAGUUCUAGUGUCACUUGCAGAAGGGACUCCAGAACAAGUCUAAUUCUCGAGAGAGGACACAGUAUAGAGCCAGAUUGUGUCAGUGUAAGAAUGAAGGAGUUUUAUAUAAAAUAAUCAACGAUAUCAUAGGCCAGAUACUAUGGAUAUUCUAUAUAAUGUGUAUGUCCUUUUUAGAAUAAAGAUUAUGUGCUGUCAUUCCUUUGAGGAAGUUAUUCAGGCAUAAAAAUAAGAGAUUACAAUAAAAAGUUUAAAAA